GUUUUACCAAAUUUAAAGGAUAUGCUGACGUUGACACAAAAGGUGUGGUCUCUCAGACUAUAAACAACGUGGACACGUUAUUCCAAUCUUACUUUGAUGCUCAUUCAUUUAACAGAUUUGUAUGCAUCCGUUUUCAACUCUCAAAGACUCUGUGGUGGAGAAUCCAACAAUGCAGACCAUGGAUAUUGAUGACGACACAUCUCCCAACAAGCCCAGUGUUACAUUUUCAGCUAAUUUUCCAUGGUGGAAGAGACCCUCUGGAAUUGCUGCAGUGUGUCUCGGGCUGCUGUGUGUUCUCCUAUUGGCUGGGAUCAUAGGCCUGUUUGUCUACUAUGGCGUCAUUGAUCAUCACUACUCAACAGAGAGAGACCAACAGACCAGUUACAGCCUUCUGACUAAAGAAGGAGAUCAGCAACCAACCAGUUAUAAUAACUUGACUAAAGAGGGACAACAGCUACAGACAGGUUACAACAGCCUGACUAAAGAGAGAGACCAGCUACAGACCAGUUACAACAACCUGACUAAAGAGAGAGACCAGCUACAGACCAGUUACAACACCCUGACUGAAGAGAGAGACCAGCUACAGACCAGUUACAACAGCCUGACUAAAGAGAGAGACCAGCUACAGACCAGUUACAACAACCUGACUAAAGAGAGAGACCAGCUACAGACCAGUUACAACAGCCUGACUAAAGAGAGAGACCAGCUACAGACCAGUUACAACAACCUGACUGAAGAGAGAGACCAGCUACAGACCAGUUACAACAACCUGACUAAAGAGAGAGACCAGCUACAGACCAGUUACAACAACCUGACUAAAGAGAGAGACCAGCUACAGACCAGUUACAACAACCUGACUGAAGAGAGAGACCAGCUACAGACCAGUUACAACAGCCUGACUAAAGAGAGAGACCAGCUACAGACCAGUUACAACACCCUGACUAAAAAGAGAGACCAGCUACAGAAUAGGCUCGCAACCAAAAUUAAGGAGAAAGACCAGUUGCAGAAUACUCUCAACACAAUAACUCAGGAAAGAGAUCAACUGCAGAAUAGUCUUAAUACAAAAACAAAGGAGAGAAACCAGCUACAGAGUAGUCUAAAUACCAGGACCACAGAGAGAGACCAGCUACAGAAUAGCCUAAAUACCAGAACCACAGAGAGAGACCAGCUACAAAAUAGCCUAAAUACCAGGACCACAGAGAGACCAGCUACAGAAUAGCCUAAAUACCAGGAC